AGACAUGGGUCUCUCUAUCGCAGAGAUAAACUAUCAGGAAAAGAUAUAUCGUCGUUCUCCGAAAUACUGAAGUUGACUUUACGUGUGGUCCACUUCCAUUGUACCCUCUUUUGUUUUUUCUUGUUAACAUCCUCCAUUUUUACCUUUAGAAAUUUGUAAUCGUAAGUUCUUCAAAAAAUGUUAGCAUGAUAUAUAAACCCUAACUUAUCAAAAAAAAAAUAUAUAUAAACCCUACGAACAAAAGAUAUAUAAUUUCCUUAUAUAAUAUAGAUAAUUUACCCAUUAAUAUAUCUAAUUUUCUCAUGUGUGGAUUUUUAAAAUCAUACAAAAAUAGUGUAUAUAUCUAUCAAUUGUGUUAAUUCCGUCCGUACUCUCUCAUUUACGAGGAUGGAGGUUAUGUAUUUCACCAUGUAUCCCUCUUUUGUUUAUUUUAGUACCGUUCAAUCAUGUAUUUCUCUUUUAUGCUUUUUUAGUGAAUAGAUUACUUAAUAUGUAUUAGUAUUUCUUGUUUUAGUAACUAAUGUUCCAAUAAAACAGAUCUACUCAUCAACUUUGGCAAUCUAAAUUUUCUCAAAAAAAAACUUUGGCAAUUUCUACUUUGAGUAAUCAAGAAUAUUUUUAAAUUUUAAUCAAAUUUCAGUUCUCAGCGUUUGCCUCACUCUCUACGUUAGGAGCAACAUUCGGUGCAUUGUUCAGCGGUAAAAUGGCGGUCGUGCUAGGAAGAAGAGGAACAAUGUGGGUCUCCGAUAUCCUUUGUGUCAUUGGUUGGCUGUGCAUCGCUUUCGCUAAGAAUGUGUUGUGGCUACACUUCGGAAGAAUCUCAUCGGGAAUAGGAAUCGGCUUGAUUAGCUAUGUGGUACCUGUCUACAUAGCAGAAAUUACGCCAAAACAUGUUCGCGGUACAUUUACCUCGUCAAACCAGCUUCUUCAAAACUCCGGACUCGCCAUGGUUUUUUUUUGGGGGAAUUUCAUCAGCUGGAGGAAGAUGGCUUUACUAGGUGCUCUACCAUGCGUCAUUCAAGGGAUCGGUUUAUUCUUCGUACCAGAGUCUCCAAGAUGGCUGGCAAAAAUUGGUGCGGAUGAAGAACUAGAAAAUUCACUGCUUCGGCUUAGAGGGAGAGAUGCUGAUAUUUCACGCGAAGCCUCAGAGAUUCAAGUUAUGACCAAAAUGCUAGAACGUGAUUCAAAGUCGAGAUUUUCUGAUUUGUUCCAGAGAAAGUAUAGACACAUUAUCGUGGUAGGAGUCGGGCUAAUGUUGAUACAACAAUUUUCGGGUAGUACAGCUGUAAUAUCUUAUGCAAGUACCAUUUUUAGCAAAGCUGGUUUUUCUUUGACCAUUGGAUCGACAUUGUUAGGCAUCUUCAUGGUACCAAAAGCCACGAUUGGUCUAAUUCUUGUUGAUAAAUGGGGCAGACGGCCCCUUUUGUUGACUUCAGCGUGUGGGAUGAGCAUAACUUGCAUGUUUAUUGGGCUCGCGUUCACAUUACAGAAAAUGCAAUUGCUUCCGAAACUAACUCCAGUGUUGACGUUUUUAUGCGUUACGCUGUAUAUUGCAUCUUAUGCAGUAGGAAUAGGAUGCCUCCCUUGGAUAAUUAUGUCUGAGAUAUUUCCAAUGAACAUAAAAGUAACAGCAGGGACAUUAGUUACGUUGGCCUCAUGGUCAAGUAGUUCGAUCGUCACUUACGCUUUCAAUUUUCUAUUCGAAUGGAGCACUCAAGGAACAUUUUACAUAUUCGGGGCUAUUGGAGGAGCAGCACUGAUUUUUAUUUGGUUACUCGUUCCGGAAACGAAAGGAUUAUCACUUGAAGAAAUACAAACGUCGCUUACUCGUCAGCCCAACGAAAUAAAUCGUAUGUAGACUGAAAAAGAACUAAUGGUUCUCUCUUUUUCAUGGUUUAUGGUUUAUGAUGUUACAUAUGGUUUAUGACCGUAUAUAACAUUCAUAUACUCGUCGAAAAAGAGAGAGCCAUUAGUUAUUUUCUAUUACUUUGUUAUACUCAUCGAGAAAGAAUUAUCUCUCUUUUUCAUGGUUUAUGAUGUUAUAUAUACUCGUCGGAAAAGAACUAAUGGUUCUUUUGUAAAGAAAGAAAAGGACAAGAAGUUUGAAAUGAAUGGGUACACGAUGUGAUUAUUAUUA